AUGGAGGCCGAUUGGGAUGAGGUGUCGCGGAUCCCGGUGCCGCCUCCCAACCCGCAUGUCCUGCCCACCAUUGCGACAACGAUUGCGUUUGAUGAUCUUCAGGAGUUAUUAUGGGCGGGAAAUGAAUUUGGGAGGGUUACCUCGUUUUACGGGCCGGAGCUCCAGAGAUACACGUCCGUCCGAGCGCACCCAGUUUCCGAGGGACCUGUACGACAGUUUCUGUUCCAUGAGAAAGGCGUGAUCUCCAUUUCGUCGAAGAGCGUGCAUAUGGUUUCUCGCAGGGGUCUCACCCAGUGGCACCUCUCCCACCCUGACAUGACCGAUUUACGGUGCAUGAGCUUCACUGCCCAGACGAAUCGAAUCAUCGUGGCGGGAUGUCAGCCAACGAUGCUGAUUGUGGACAUAGACAAGGGGCAGGUGGUUGAUAAGGUGGCGACUGAUGUCAACUACACAAUCAUGAGGAAGAGCCGUUAUCUCUGCGCUGCGACAGAUGCAGGUUCCGUCAACGCGCUGAGCCUGUCGGAUUUCAAGGUUGUCAAGAGUUGGAAGGCUCAUGGUGCCGCAGUCAACGAUAUGGACGCUCGGAAUGAUUUCCUUGUUACUUGUGGUUUUUCGAUGCGACAUUUGGGUUCUCCAAUCGUGGACCCAUUAGCCAAUGUGUAUGAUCUAAAAACUCUGACACCAUUGCCUCCCAUCCCCUUCCAUGCGGGUGCAGCCUAUGUACGCAUGCAUCCAAGACUCCACACGACAAGUUUCGUGGCGUCUCAGACAGGCCAGCUUCAAGUCGUGGAUUUGAUGAAUCCCAAUACUGUCAAUCUCCGCCAGGCAAAUGUCAACUUCAUGCUAGGACUUGAGAUAUCUCCAUCUGGGGAAGCUCUGGCCAUUAAUGAUGCCGAAUGUUCAAUUCACCUCUGGGGCUCACCCUCCAAAAUCCAUUUCAAUGAAAUGAGCAAGGAAACCGAGUUUGCCGAUGUCACUCCGCGACCGCAGAUGAUCGACUGGUCUCCUGACACGCCCCUGAAUCUUAUUGGCAUGCCUUACUACCACGAGCGUCUCCUGUCCGCCUGGCCCAGCCAUCUUGUCUUCGACGUCGGGAGUCCUCCCGCCCCGAUCGACCCAUCCAUCAUACCGUACCUUCGCCCUGCUGAAAUCGGGCAUUACGCUGCAAAUCCGAGAAAGACGCGGAGAUAUCAGGUAGAGAACACACGCCAACUUAUCUCUUCGGAACCAGCUCUGGCGGCACCGAAGUUCCUGAGCGAAAAGGCGCGAGAGCAGCCGCGGAACAAGAGCGAUGGUUCGGUUGCGGAUGUUUCUGAUGCGCUGGCUGGUGCAAAGCUGGGCGCGGACGGGGAAGAAGAUCCGUUGCUGAAAUACAGCAAUGUCGAAAUCAAGUAUAGUAAAUUUGGUGUGGACGACUUUGAUUUCCGGUAUUACAACAAGACCACAUUCUCCGGGCUGGAAACGCACAUUGCAAACUCGUUUACGAACGCCCUCCUUCAAUUAUUCAAAUUCAUCCCUCUCAUGCGAAACAUCGCGCUGCAUCAUGCGGCGAGCAGCUGUAUCUCUGAGAACUGCCUGCUGUGUGAGAUGGGAUACCUGUUUGACAUGUUGGACAAAGCAAAUGGCCAAAAUUGCCAGGCCACCAAUCUUCUGAGGACGUUCAGCAGUUUCCGUGAAGCCUCGAAUCUAGGACUUCUGGAGGAGAAUCUGACGAAUAAAUCUCUGGCUACUGCUAUCCAGUCAGUCAAUCGAUUCUUCCUGAAUCAAAUCGCACAUGAUUAUCGCGCGAUCGCCCCCGAAUCGGACGAACUUGACAAGAAUCUCGCGACCAUCGCUUCUGAGUCUAUCAGAUGCAUGUUCUGUCGGAACGAGAUCGUCCGCCCCGGCAAUGCGUUUGUGAACGAACUCAUUUACCCCACCCUCGAUGUCAAACAUGCACGGCGAAAUCCAGCGUUUAAAUUCUCCAGCAUUCUGAAAUCGAGCAUCGAACGGGAGACUCAAAAUAGAGGAUGGUGCAACCAUUGCCGGCGCUAUCAGCAAGUAGCAAUUCGAAAGACGAUACACCACAUGCCACCGGUCGUGAUGUUAAAUGCGGCGUUGAACAACCCGCACUAUCGACAACUGUGGGCGACUCCGGGCUGGUUACCUGAGGAGGUUGGUAUCGUAGUCGACAACGGCCAGGUGCAAUGUUUCGAGGGUGAAGAUCUUCGAACGCGGGUGCAGAACGGCACCCCUGGGUUGACCGUCUACGAGCUGGUAGGCCUGGUCGCUGAGAUUGAUAUCACCGAACAUCACAAGCCGCAUCUCGUGUCCUUCAUCAAUGUCAGUAUCUCUGCGCGCGAACCCGAGGACAAAAGCAGGUGGCACUUGUUCAAUGACUUCUUGGUCACCGAAGUUAGUCGAGAUGAGGCUCUGAAGUUCAGUGAACCUUGGAAAGUGCCAUGCGUCUUGGCAUAUCAGGCGAAGCACGCUAGGCACAAGGUCGAUGAUUCGUGGAAGGAGGGUCUCGACACGUCGUUGCUAUUCCACGAAUGGUCUAUGAAUGGUGGCCGUGUUAUCGAAUCUUGCCGUGUGCUCGCUCCAGAGGAACGGCCGGAGCCUGGAACACCAGUCGCUCUCGACACGGAGUUUGUAGAUUUAGAGAAGGCAGAAAUCGACGUCAAGGCCGACGGGUCGCAAGAAAUCAUACGACCCAGUAAGAGCGGUCUUGCUCGAGUGUCUGUGCUGAGAGGGUCGGGUGUGAACGAAGGCGUUCCGUUCAUUGACGAUUAUAUCACGAUCAAAGAGCCCAUUGUGGACUACGUUACUCAAUAUUCCGGCAUCAAGCCGGGAGAUUUGGACCCAAGAACCAGCGAGCACAAUCUGGUCCCGCUCAAGGUCGCCUAUAAGAAGUUAUGGGUCUUGCUGAACCUCGGUUGCGUGUUCGUGGGACAUGGGCUCGCAUCGGACUUUCGCAAGAUCAACAUCCAGGUUCCCAAGGCGCAAACCGUGGAUACCCAGUAUCUCUUCUUUCAUCCAGCCAAGAACCGUCGCCUUAGCCUGCGCUAUCUCGCAUGGGCCGUUUUCAAGGAGUACAUCCAGGAGGAAAGCCCGGACGCUGCCGAGGGUCACGACUCGAUUGAAGACGCCCGCAUGGCACUGCGUCUGUGGAAGAAAUUUCAGGAAUACGAGGAUGCUGGAAUUGUGUCGCAGAUGCUUGAAGAGAUCUUCCGCGAAGGAUUCAAACUGGGAUUCCGGCCUCCUCCCCGCAAUGGCAACGGGCCUGCUCGUCCUGGCACCGCUAUCAGCGCGACAAAUGGAAGUGGCCGCAACACACCGGACGUCGGAGGCGCAGUGAAUUUGAACGGUGCUGGAAGCGCUCCGUCGACGCCUCGACAGGCUUUCAGGCGGUCGAACGCUCUGACACCUAGCAGUAGCAGCUUUGGCGGCCCCGGAUCUAGCGAUUUUUUCGGAGGGAGUCCACUGAGAUAG